UCCUCACCCUUCCCUAUAAAUACCAUUUUUUUUUAUCUCUCACCCUCAUCUAUCUCUCCCAUUUUGCUUCCUCUUGGCUUUGCUUCCACGGUUUGUCGAACCGCUGACCAAUUUGGGCCCAAUUCUCUGCCAGUACCGCCGCCGCCACCUCUUUGGGUCUUCUCGAGCUUCCUUGCUUGAUACCUGAGGCGUCUAGGGCUGCAAUCGAGCUCGACAGACCGAUCCCGGCCUUGGAUUGAGGGUUUUCGCCUCUUUCCACCUCUAAGUCGGUGUUUGAUUGGGUCUUUGCUUGGAAGAUUCCGCCUCCCUGCCGUAGGUCCAGGAUCCUCCGAAAUAUUGGUUUGGUUUGGAGGCUUUGGUUUAUGCUGCUGAUCUAGGAAUUUGUUUACAUAUUGGACUCAAUACCAUUCUACAACAAUUGAAUGAAUCUUGUGUUCAGUUUAUAACUUAUUCAACUAUAUCUUUAUGGGCUAAUUCUGGCAUUUCAUGGGAGGUGUAGAAGAUAAUGAACCACCAUCAAAACGUGUUAAAGCAUCCUCAGUAGAUUUGGAUAGACUUUCGAAUACUUCAUCAGUUUUAGCGUAUAUCAGUCCUUGGGGAGGCCAAAUGGCCAGGCCUUUACCAUCCCAAGGGAGAGAAGACAUCAUUGGUUCUAAAGGAGUCAUUAAGAAAGUUGAAUUUGUGAGAAUUAUUACCAAAGCCCUCUAUUCUCUUGGUUACGAGAGAAGUGGAGCAGUUCUGGAAGAAGAGUCAGGAAUACCAUUGCACUCUUCUGUUGUGAACCUCUUUCAGAAGCAAGUUCUUGAUGGAAACUGGGAUGAAAGCAUGAUCACAUUGCAUAAAAUAGGGGUUGAUGAUGAAAAUAUUUUGAAGUCUGCUUCCUUUUUGAUUUUGGAGCAGAAGUUCUUUGAACUUUUGGAGAACAAUAAGGUAAUGGAAGCAUUACAAACAUUAAGAAAUGAGAUCUCUCCACUUAGCAUUAACAAAAAGCGGGUGCACAAUCUUUCCAGUUGCGUUAUAUCUCCUUCGCAGCGUAUCUCACUUGGGUUUGCCAACGUGGGAACAAAUAUUUCAGACUUACGAAUGAGGCUGCUAGAUGAGCUGCAGAAAUUACUUCCUCCAUCGAUAAUGAUACCUGAGAGGAGGUUGGAGCACUUGGUUGAACAGGCUCUUAAUGUUCAAAGAGAAGCUUGUUAUUUCCAUAACUCUGUUGAAGGUUGUCUUUCAUUGUACACCGAUCAUCAGUGCGGAAAGUACCAAUUACCUUCUCAAACAACCCAGAUAUUACAGGAACAUCAUGAUGAAGUAUGGUUCUUACAGUUCUCCAACCAAGGAAAGUAUUUAGCAUCAUCAUCAAGUGAUAAAUCUGCAAUUAUAUGGGAGGUUCAUGAAAAUGGAGAAUUCACUCUGAAGCACCGACUAAUUGGUCAUGAGGAGCCUGUCCUAAUGGUUGCUUGGAGCCCUGAUGACAGUCGACUUCUAACUUGUGGACUGGAAGAGGUUGUGAGGCUCUGGGAUGUUUACUCUGGUGAAUGCCUUUACGUCUAUGAAAAGCUUGGUAUUGGUGUUGGUCUGAUAUCUUGUGGUUGGUUCCCAGAUGGAAAACGACUAUUUUGUGUUGUUACUGAUAAGACUAUUUGUUUCUAUGAUUUGGAUGGAAAAGAAGUGGACUCUUGGAAAGGGCAGCGAAUGAGUAAAACCUCUGAUGUUGUGGUCUCAAAUGAUGGUAGACAUUUUAUAACUUUAUGCAAAGAAACAGCAAUCUUGGUGCUAGAAAGGGGAACAAAAAAUGAGAAAUUGAUAGAAGAAGAGCAAACAAUUACUUCAUUCUCUCUAUCAAAGGAUGAUAACUUCUUACUCAUAAAUCUUAUAAAUCAGGAGAUUCACAUGUGGAGCAUAAAAGAUGAGCCAAAACUUGUUACUAGAUACAAAGGUCACAAACGCUGCCGUUUCGUGAUAAGGUCUUGUUUUGGAGGGUUUGAGCAAGCUUUUAUUGCUAGUGGAAGUGAAGAUUCACAGGUAUAUAUAUGGCACAGAGGUUCCGGAGAUCUCGUGGAAGCUCUCGCUGGACAUUCCGGCACCGUCAACUGUGUUAGCUGGAACCCGACAAAUCCACACAUGCUCGCAUCCGCCAGCGACGAUCACACAAUUCGCAUCUGGGGAUUAAGCAAGGUUAACCGGAAGCACAAGCAGAAGCACAGCAAUGGGAUUGUUCACCAGUGCAAUGGAAACAGUAAAUGAGCAAAAGAUGAAACCAAUCAAGUUCUGAUCCUCGACUAAAUGCAUUGUUUGUAAAUCCUUCCCCUCUUGGCAUCGAUAGCACUCGCCUUUGUAACGGUACAGUUGCUAUUUGCUGACAUGAAGAUCCAAUGACUAUUUUAAUUUGUAAGGUGAUUUCGUUAAUUGAAACAAGACGAAGCUCCAGACGUA